GUUAUAGGAAAUAAAAAUGAGCACUAGGUAGUUGGAGUUUUUAUCAAAUAAAAAAUGGGCACACUAGGAGCCAUUGUUGGUAUGUCAUUCUUAUGUGCUAUUGGGAUUUUAAUGGUAGUGUUAGGAUGUGCAUUAGAUGAAUUCAAAACAGAACGAGGACCAUGGUGGAUCAUGUUUAACUUAUUUUUUUACAUUCUGGCACCUAUCCCUGCAUUAAUUGUGAGAAGAGUUGGUAGUGAUUUCUCGUCAUUUUCAGGAACAUCCAAUUUAGUUGCUGAAAUCGCCUUGUUUUUCACAGCUGGUAUCGUUGUCUCAGCAUUUGGCCUGCCAAUAGUGCUUGCUAGAGCUGGAAUUAUUAAGUAUGGCGCAAUGGGACUUGUUAUGACUGGCAACUUCUUCAUAUUUUUGACAAUUUUGUUAUUCUUCACCGUAUUUCAAGCAGAAGAUGAAUUUGGUUUCUAAAUGUUGUAGCAUAUCUGUAAUAUAAGCUGGCUGUCUUGGUGGAAUACGUAAAGACAGUUUGUACCAUCUUCGCAACCAUAAUACUCAAUAGAUCUUUGUUACUGCAGUCCUUUUAAAUGUGGUGUUGGUGAAUAAUGUUUUCCCUAUUUAAUUUACUUUCUUGAUGGAUUAAAGAAAAUAU